ACUCUCUUGGUAUCCUAUUGCCGCUCGUCGUGACACCUCAACCGACAUUUCUUAGGAACAACACGGUUUCCAUUACCUUAAUUUUGAACAGUUAUAGAAAACCAUAAAGUACUUGAUCCGUAGCCUAUAUAGUACGUAGGCUAUUUUCAAGUACUCCAGGCGACAGACUAAAGAACUUGACACUUUAUAGAGUAAACACGUGCGCUUGGCAAAGUCCUCUCAUCACAUUGAUGUGGAUUUUUCAAUUCAUCGAAGAAAGUCUGUGAAUAUAUAUUUCCUUGGGUGUUCAGGAAUUUGCCUUUUCCUGGGAUAAGUGAUCAUAACGGUCCCUGUUAUCCGUGGAGUAGGUGUGGCAGAGGUGUGGGACUGAACCUACUGCUGCUGUUUGUCCAAGGCUGAAAACAUCGGAAAAGUUUCAUCAUGUAAGGGUAUUCCCCAAAACAAUGUGCUACAUCACGUGAUGACUAAAGGAGACACUCCUCCUGACAGUACAAUCUAAUGGUGAGUAACAAAUGUGCUCGAGAUGGCCCUUGCAUGUGUCCUGCUUCAGCUCCUCCUGCUUGGUGCCAGUGGUGUCCAGCCAGAGCCCAGAUAUCCACGUUUCUCCUCCAAUGACACCGUGUUUGAGCACCUGGCCCUGCACCCUGACCCCUCCGUGGGCACGGUAUACGUGGGGGCUCGGAACCGCCUCUUCCAGCUGGACGGGCUGGACGGCCUGCGCCUGGAGCAGGAGGAGCGCACGGGCCCUGUGAGGGACAGCAAGGACUGCCUGCCGCCGGUCACCGAGGCCCACUGCCCCCACGCCAGCUACGCCAGCAACCACAACAAGCUGCUGCUGGUGGACCCCUACUCCAUGCAGCUCAUCACCUGCGGCAGCGUCCACCAGGGCACCUGUCAGAAGCGCAGCCUGGACGCGGUCGGCCGGGUGCUCUUCUCGGCCGAGCGGCCCGUCGACACGCAGCACGUGGCGGCCAACGACCCGAGCGUGUCCACCGUGGGCCUGGUGGUGCGUCCGCGGCCCGAGGCUCCGCCAGUGCUCUACGUGGGCCGCGGCUACACCAGCAGCCAGCCGCCCAUCUCCACGCGCCACCUCACCACCGAGCCCGUCUUCUCCUACGAGGAGACGGCCAAGCUAACCGUGGCCGGCCGCCAGUCCGAGUACGACCACCAUUUCGUGACCACCUUCUCCCGCCGCGGACACGUGUACUUCCUGUUCUACAGGCGAGACCUCAAGGCCGCGUCACGCGAGUACCGGACCUUCGCGGCCAGGGUGUGCCUGGACGAUGCUGCCUACUAUUCCUACGUGGAGGUGCCCCUGUCAUGUCACUCUGUCACAACAGGGAAAAAUUACAACCUCCUCCAGGCAGCCCAUCUGGGGAGCCCCAGCUCUGGGAAUGAGCUGCUGGUGGGAGUGUUCUCUCCCUGGGUGAGCUCAGCCGUGGGCCCUGGGGACGAGUCGGCUCUCUGCUUCUACCAGCUGGAUCAGCUGGACCGUCAGAUGGAUGCCACGCGAGACUUGUGCUACACUCAGACGGGAUUUGAGGGUGGCGUUGAAGUAGCCUACAUAGAGUAUGAUGUAAAGUCCAACUGUGCUAAUCUGCCAACGAACACCCUGAAGGCAUAUCCCUGUGGCUCUGACCACACCCCCAGCCCCAUGGCCAGUCGCACGGCGGUGGAGAGCAGGGCACUCUGGGAUAGCUCCACCACUCGCCUCACCGCUGUGGCCGCUAGCGUCGGAGACCAGCACACCAUCGCCUUCUUAGGAGACUCCAAGGGAAACCUACAUAAGGUGUUCGUAGACUACGCCACAGGGCAGGCAGAGAGAUAUGCCACCAUCUCAGUCCAGCCUGACUCCCCCAUCAACAGUGACCUGAUCCUGGACAAGGAGCACAAACACCUCCUCAUCAUGACCAGCAAUGCUGUGGAGAAGCGUCCUGUGUCAGAGUGCGAGCGGCACACUGACUGCGAGUCCUGUCUGGCCUCUCAUGACCCGUACUGUGGCUGGUGUGUGCUAGAGGGGAGAUGUGGCGUGCGCUCGUCCUGCCAGCGGGGCUCUCUGGUGGGCCAGUGGCUCUGGAGCUUCAGCCCCCAGCAGCAGCACUGCCUCAGGGUCGCCUCCAUCAGCCCCCUCAACGCAAGCCGCGGAGAGGAGACCAGUGUUGUUUUGAACGUUCCAGGCUUGCCCAGUCUGUCCGAAGAGGAAGCCUACAGAUGUGUUUUUAAGGACACUGAAACUCCUGCCUCUGUGCAGGGCACCACAGUCACCUGCCACUCUCCAGGCGCAAGGAGGGUUCUAUCCAUCAGCCAAGGAGAAGACUCGGUCACAGUUCCCCUAUCACUCCGCUUCCUCAACAUCACAGUUGCCAGCCAUAUGUUUACCUUCUAUGACUGUGGUCUGGUCCAACAACUGUCCCCUACUAAGCCAUGCACAGGCUGUGUAAGCAGUCGCUGGAGCUGUAACUGGUGCAUUCACCAGCACUUGUGUACACACAAACUAACCUGCAGCGAGGGGGUCAUCAUUUACAAUGAGCAUUUCAAACUCCCAACAUCUGGCCCCACAACUACAAAAGCUGUCAAUAGAUUAGCCUCAACCACACAAAGUCCGACAAAUCCGACCACAGGAGUUCACUCAGCAACUGAAUCGGGAGCUUCCGUGACUCCGUCCACCACCCCAGAGCCCACGCUGGUUCCCACAACGCCACCUCCCACUGCUGCCACCACGGCCCUUCUGCCACCCACGCUGAACCAGGCCACCACUGUGGCCAGCGCGCCCACCGCCACCACUCCUCUGGCAGGGACACACACGACAGAGAGCGGGCACGCUGCCGCUGACCAAAGCCUCAGCAACAACAGCACUCGGGUGGAGGAAGUUCUGUGGACUCAAGGUUCUCAAAAUGAUUCUCUGCAAGACGUUGGAGAAGAGAAGGAAACAACCGAUUCAUCGCUAGAGGAAUCUGUUCUGGACGCUGGAACCACCCCUGUGACAAGUGUAGUGGAGCUUCCACUCGAUGAAGACAUGAUCCCUCCAUCCCCUGUCCCAGAGGCUGCUCGCACCACUCCCCCGCCCGUUGAGUCUGAUGAGGAGGCUGGGGCGGAGUUGUAUGUGUCAUCUGCCACAGUGCCCUCUGGGGAUGGGGAGGGGGAGAGCAGCCCGCCCGACUUCUCUCAGAGCCCAGACAUGGACUACCAGUCUGACUCAGCUGAUUUCUAUCUACCGGGGGAUGAGGGCUCGUUUGUGAGUGGAGGCUCUUAUGCCUGUCCCUGUGUGGAGAGCAUUCAAGGCUCCUCUCUUCUGCCGGUCAACAUGGACAGGAAGAUUACCCUCACAGGACGCAACCUGCAUCUGUACAAGGAUGAUGAGUUGGACUAUGAGUGUGUGCUGACCGUAGAGGGACAGGCUGUUGUGGUGGACGCCUUCGUCGAAGCGGAUGAGGCACAGUCCUCCUUAUUCUUCAUCACCUGCCAACUGCACAAGUAUUCCUACUCGGCUGUUGUGGAGGAGUACAGCGCUCUGGUCUCUGUGAGGAGGAGGAACGCCUUCCAUAUGGACACUGUCCAGGACCUGCACGUGACUCUGUAUAACUGCUCGGUGGGCCGCUCGGACUGCAGCCGCUGCCACACGGCGGAUCAGAAGUACGGCUGUGUGUGGUGUGGCGGCGCGCUCUCCAGCUGCCUCUUCGGCGACUCCUGUGCGGACGAGGUGCAGCAGACAUGCCCAGCACCUGUCAUCCACCUGAUUGAGCCUCUCUCUGGCCCCAUAGAGGGUGGCACCACUGUCACCAUCUCUGGCUCUAACCUUGGACAGAGAGCUGAGGACAUCCAGCACUCUGUCACCCUGGCUGGGGUUCCCUGCAAUGUCAUCCCAAGUAGCUACGAGGUCUCAUCGAGGAUUGUGUGCGAGACAACAGCCAGUGGAGGGGAACGAAGUGGCCAGGCCUCAGUGGAGGUCAAGGACGGAGGAGUCGGCCUCUCAAAACAGAGGUUCCACUUCCAGGAUCCGACGCUGACGGACGUGUUCCCUCAGAGGGGCCCGCUGGCCGGAGGCACGCUGCUCACCAUCACUGGCCAGAGCCUACGCACGGGCAACCUGCGGGACAUCGCCGUUCUCAUCGGAGGAGUGCCCUGUGCCAUUUCCUCUGAGGUGCAGGAUGAUCACAUCGAGUGUGUGACCGGCAGCAGCAACAGGACUGGGGAGUACAGUGUGGUGGUUCGCUUCAAUAGGGCAGAGCGCCAUCUGCAGGCCGUUCCCUUUCAUUACUGCCCUGAUCCUAAUGUCACACAGGCGGCUCCAUCCAGAAGCUUCCUCAGUGGUGGGCGGACGAUUCGAGUGUCUGGACACAACCUGGACGUAGUUCAGAAGCCACGGAUCCGCGUGACGCUCACGCCACUCACGCCUCACGCACAGAAGAAAAAGAAAAGGAAGAGGAGGAAGAGUGAAGAAAGGGAAAGUAGGCCGCUCAAAAGGUUACGCCGGAUUGUUCCGGAGCCUGGCUGUCCGGAGGGAGUACUCUGCACAGUGAAACAGUUUGAAGAGCGCUGUGCGGUGAACAGCUCUUCUCUGAUCCUGUGCGGGACGCCAGCUGUGGGGGCGGAGGCACUCCAUGCCCAGGUGAAGGUGGACUUCCUGCUGGACAAUGUCCUCUUCAGCUUCGGGGCUGUCAGCGGAGGGGAUGCCUUCAGCUACGAGCAGAACCCCGUCCUUCGACCGCUCAACCAACACGACCCCAGCAAGCCCUAUCGCCACAAGCCUGGCAGCAUCAUCUCGGUCGAGGGUGAAAACUUAGACUUGGCCAUUUUCAAAGAGGAGGUGGUGGCUGUCAUUGGAGAGGGUGUUUGUGCCGUCAAAACUCUGACCCGUAACCACCUGUACUGUGAGCCACCUUCCCAGCAGCCCUCAGUGGUGGCAUUGAAGAAGCGUGAGGGUGCAGAUGUGCUCCCAGAAUUCACAGUCAGAAUGGGGAACCUGAACUUCUCUUUGGGCCGAGUGCAGUACGACACCCAGAGUCAGUCCACCUUUCCUCUGGAGGCCCAGGUGGGAGUCGGGGUAGGGGCUUCCAUUGUGGCCCUCAUUGUGUUGAUCAUCGUCUUAAUAUACAGGAGGAAGAGCAAACAGGCUCUGAGGGACUAUAAGAAAGUCCAGAUUCAACUGGAGAACUUGGAGACCAGUGUGAGAGACCGCUGCAAGAAGGAAUUCACCGACCUGAUGACAGAGAUGAUGGACAUUGAUCUGGUGGGAUCUGGGACCCCAAUCCUGGACUAUCGUACGUACGCUGAGAGGAUCUUCUUCCCUGGCCAUAAGGAGUCGCCACUCAGGCGAGAUCUGGACGUCCAGGAGUGUCGCCGGGCCACAGUGAAGCAGGGCCUGGUGCAGCUCUCCAACCUGCUCAACAGCAAACUGUUCCUCACCAAGUUCAUCCACACCCUCGAGGGCCAGCGGACGUUCUCCCCGCGGGACCGGGCCUACGUGGCCUCCCUGCUGACCGUGGCUCUCCACGGCAAGCUGGAGUACUUCACCGACAUCCUGAAGACCCUGCUCAGCGACCUGGUGGAGCAGUACACCGCUAAGAACCCCAAACUCAUGCUCAGGAGGACCGAGUCAGUGGUGGAGAAACUGCUGACAAACUGGAUGUCGAUCUGCCUCUACUCAUUCCUCAGGGACUCAGCGGGGGAGCCUCUGUACAUGAUGUUCAGAGCCAUAAAACACCAGGUGGAUAAGGGCCCUGUGGACGCUGUGACAGGCAAGGCCAAAUACACACUCAAUGACAACCGGCUGCUCCGCGAGGAUGUGGAGUACCGCACACUGACCCUAAAUGUCUUAGUGACUGGAGGAGGUGCCAAUGAAACCCAAACGAUGCCCACCAAGGUGCUGGACUGUGACACCAUCACCCAGGUGAAGGAGAAGGUUCUGGAACAGACCUGGAAGGGCAUGUCCUACUCCCUGAGGCCUCCGACGGACUCUCUUCACCUGGAAUGGCGAGCAGGGACGGCAGGUCACCUGAUUCUGUCAGAUGAGGACCUCACAUCUGUAGUACAGGGGACAUGGAAACGACUCAACACUCUACAGCACUACAAGGUCCCUGAUGGAGCCACUGUGACACUGGUGCCUCGUCACUCUAAGCACAUCCACCACGACAGCCACGACUACACGCCCGGCGAGAAGACGCCCAUGCUGGACGAUGGCGAUGAGGGGGGCAUGAGGCUGUGGCACCUGGUGAAGGCCAGCGAGGAGCCAGAGCUGCCCAAGCACAGGAGGGCCAGCCUGAGGGAGAGGGAGCGCGAGAGGGCCAAGGCCAUCCCAGAGAUCUACCUCACACGCCUGCUCUCCAUGAAGGGGACGCUGCAGAAGUUUGUGGACGACCUGUUCCAGGUGAUCCUGAGCACCAGUAGGCCUGUGCCCCUGGCUGUCAAGUACUUCUUUGACCUCCUGGACGAGCAGGCUCUGCAGCACAACAUCACUGACCCAGAGACGGUCCACAUCUGGAAAACCAACAGCCUACCCCUAAGAUUCUGGGUCAACAUACUGAAGAACCCACACUUCAUUUUUGAUGUGCACACCUCUGAUAAUGUGGAUGCCGUGCUGUCGGUCAUCGCCCAGACCUUCAUGGACUCAUGCACCAUUGCUGACCACAAGCUGGGCAGGGAUUCCCCCAUUAACAAGUUGCUCUAUGCCAGAGACAUCCCGCGCUACAAGCAGAUGGUGGAGAGGUAUUAUGCUGACAUCAGGCAGACGAUUUCAGCCAGUGAUCAGGAAAUGAAUUCUGCGCUUGCAGAGCUGUCAAGGAAUUACUCUGGCGAGGUGAAUUGCCUUGUGGCUUUGCACGAGCUAUACAAGUACAUCAACAAAUAUUAUGAUCAGAUCAUUAGUGCACUGGAAGAGGACCCCACGGCCCAGAAGAUGCAGCUGGGGUACCGGCUCCAGCAGAUCGCUGCCGCCGUGGAGAACAAAGUCACUGACCUAUGACCUUACACACUGGACAUUUCAGCCCGACUCUGAUUGAUGCAGGUCAGGCAGACUCUGGAUAACUGGCAGAAAGCUGGGUCACUCAAAGGGAAGACUGGCGAGUACUGUAAAUGACCUCCGCAUGAGCUGGAGAUGUUUGUCCAGAGUGCCGGAGGACAGGAGGAGACGGAGAUGGGUGAAGCUGGCAGAGGUAUGAAGGAAGGACUGGUCUCCAUCAUCAUCCACCAGAUGAGGCUUUAAGCCUCAGCAGCGACUCUUGAAGGACUGGUCUCCAUCAUCAUCCACCAGAUGAGGCUUUAAGCCUCAGCAGCGACUCUUGAAGGACUGGUCUCCAUCAUCAUCCACCAGAUGAGGCUUUAAGCCUCAGCAGCGACUCUUGAAGGACUUGACAUGGCCACUGUUACAGUAUUCUUUGCCAGUUCUCUGCAAGUUACUGUAUCUGCAUUUGUCUGGGCAUUUCUACUUCACAUCACCCUUGUGUGCACACGUGUAUGCCCACGGUGCGUUCCUGAGAGAAUUGUCCUUUAAGAGAGACUGAUUUGUAUGAGAGGACUUGACGAUGUCGAUAGCACUGGUGUUUACCAAGUGCUUGAGUGGGAUUUCAUGUUGGUAUAAACAUAGAAAGAGUCAGUGCAACAGGAAAAGUAUGAGAGUUGAUGUCCUCUUCUGUUUCCCUGGCUGUCCUCCUUUGUGUCUUACUUCUGUAGUGAUUUGUGAAGUUUUUUAAAAGUUUAUUCAUGAGAGUAUUGUGGGCUCUUAUAAAAUUGCAUAAUUGUAGCUUAGUGGGGUUACCCUGAGUGUUCCAAAACACAACAGGUCUUAAAACAUCAAAAUGAAUAGGUGUUAUAUAAAAUAUAAGAAUUUAAACAAUUGGAAAGGUGACCUCAAUUGACCCAAUAUUUUUUCUAGAGCACAUAGUAAAUGAAAAUGAUUAAAGCAAAGUGAAGCAAAGUUUAAACUGAAUUAAAACUGGAUCUCAAAAACCAAAGAGAGCCAAAAACAGAAAAAAUAAAAAUAAAAUUUUUAUUUUAUUUUCCCCCAGUGACCACCAGAUGUCAGCUUUCUUAAACUAUUGACCCAGCAACUACACUUAACUAGGUGUUUGGAGAUUGUAAAAAAACAUAUUAUAAAAUGACCUGAAACACAGUACUUAAAUAUAUAAAAGUAAUUAGAAUAUGUUGUUGAUCCCAAAAGACACCACUUCAAAGUAAAUGCUGUUCAGAAUGUUUCAGGUUAUAGAAAUCCCUAUGUUUACUGGUUUAAUUGAAAGAAUGCAUACCCAAAUUAAUGAAAUUCCAGAAAUGAAAAUGAGAGUUUUAGCGAUUGUCAUUUACUGGCUGAAGUAUAUUUAAGGCGCUUUUACUGGAGGUGUCAAACACGAUUACUUAUAUCACUGAGUCCAUUUUAUUUAUUAAUUUAUUUAUUUUUGACAGUUUGCUGCUGUAACAGCUUCUCAAUUUAAAAUUAAAGACCAAAAGUUGGAGCUUCUGUCAAAAGCAUUUUAUAAAAUGUCUCCUCUCACUCCUGUCCCUGGUUCCCAGUUUUUCCACAAUGAAGGAAUGAAGGGUUGGAAUAUUCCAUGUUUUUUUUUCAAUGAAUGCAUGUUUACAAAACUACAUCAGUCCCAUGCUGAACAUGAUGAAUGCUUUUCCAUGGCUUUUAAAUAAUGUACACCGUUGCAAGUUUGGAAGGGUGAUAAUCUAAAUGUAAUUGGAAUUGAAAUUGUGGAUUGAUGUCACUGCCAUUCUCAGUGGCAUUGUAAAUAGAGUUGUAUGUACUGCAUCACCACUGCUUUUUUGUGGUCGGAUCUCGGAUGAAGAGCGUAGUUCAUGCAAAGCAAACAAUAAAGUCCUCUGCAGGUCCA